AUGGCUUCCUCUGUCGCCCUCAUUUUUGGUGCUGGAUCCAACGUCGGAGCCAGCGUGGCUAAAGCAUUUCUUGGAGAAGGAUACAAAGUUGCUCUCGCCUCGCGAUCUCAAAACCCUGAGACUUCAACUGGAACUGAGCUGCACAUUCCCACAGAUUGCAGCGACACUAGCUCUGUGCUGAAUGCUUUCGCGAAAACCAAGAGUGAAUUUGGGUUUCCCAAUGUUGUUAUUUACAACACUUACGCUGGUCAAUGGAACAGCGCGGAUAACAUUUUCGAGGUCCCUUUGGAUCAUUUCCAGAGCAGCACCAUAGUUAACAUUGUCAGCGUCUACGCAGCAGCCCAAGAAGCCGUGAAAGGUUGGGCCGACCUUCCUGCUUCAAGCAAACCCACCUUCAUCUUAACCGGCAAUUGCGCAAACGUCGCUCCUCUCUCAGUGAUCAUGACGUUGAGUGUCGGCAAGGCGGGGGCUGCGAACCUAAUUGAGAUGGCAUCUAAGAGCUACAAGAAUAAAGGCUACAGAUUUUACUACACUGAUGAAAGGCUUGAGGAUGGGACGCCUAUGUGGAAUGGUGCAACGGCAGCAGGACACGCUCAGCUCUAUGUCGAUCUAGCUAAGGAUGAGCCACAAGAGUGGUAUCAGACAUUUGUCUCGGGUCUUGGAUACAGAAAGCUGCCUGUACCUAAGAUUAACUAA